CACGAUAAUUUUCCUGAAUCGAAAGAAAGCCACCAUCAUGGCUUCAACACUAGUGGAGGUGACUCGAUCCGCACAUGAGGAGGUGGAGAGGCUGGAGCUACUCAUAGUCCAGUGCCUUGAAGACGACGACCCACUAACUAACCGGAAAGACCGCUUGAUUCGGAACCAUAGGGUACGCCAGAUGAUCGAUUCUAUUACCUCCACAACCAACAGACUCAUUGAUACUUACGAAGAUAAAGAUAAUGCGAGAAAGGAAGAGAUUGCAUCACUUGGAACAGACGUGUUUAGUGCUUUCUAUGGUAGAUUGAAAGAGAUUCGUGAGUACCAUAGAAAGCAUCCGGCUUCUCAUGAUGCUAAUGCAGGCUAUGAUGAGUACAAGGCAUUACCGGUCAUCAAGUUUACUGGAGAGGAGGGUUUUGGCCGGUAUCUAGACUUGCAUGCACUGUACAAUCAAUACAUCAACUCUAAAUUUGGCAAACCAAUUGAUUACUCUGCUUACCUUGAUGAGUUUUCGCAAACGCAGAAUAUACCGCUCAAACUCAAGUCGACGAGGCAAUAUAGAAAGUACAUGGAGAAUCUGCUGGAGUACUUGAUGGAUUUCUAUCGAAGGAUUGAACCACUACAAGAUGUUGACAGAAUAUUUUCAAAGCUUUUGGCACAAGAAAAUAAUUAUACAGACAUCGCACUGAUGGAGGCCAAAAUUAAUAAACUUUGUCAUCUGUUGAGUAAGACAAUUGAAGAAACAAAGCAAAAUCUGGUGAAAAAGCAGGCAUUGAUAUGUAAGGAAAUGGAACGGGACAGAAUGGAGGAGGAAGAAGAAGAAGAGACCACACAAUUUGACAAUGAGAAUGAUGGCGAAGAGCAGCAACCUGUCGUCUAUAAUCCUCUCAAACUGCCAAUGGGUUGGGAUGGGAAGCCAAUACCUUUCUGGCUUUAUAAGCUGCAUGGCCUUGAUCAGGAAUUCAAGUGUGAGAUUUGUGGGGACUCCAGCUAUUGGGGACGUAGGGCUUUUGAAAGGCAUUUUCAGGAAUCACGCCAUCAGCGUGGAAUGCGUCAACUUGGUAUUCCUUAUACCAAGGACUUCAAUGAAAUCAGGUCAAUUGAGGAAGCGUUAGCACUGUGGAACAUAUUACAACAACAGAAAGCUCAGAACAACUGGUGCCAAGAUCUUGAAGAGUUUGAAGACAGAGAUGGUAAUAUCUACCACAAAAAGAUAUAUGUUGAUCUCCAGUGCCAGGGGUUGGUGUAAGCAAUUAAAAUUAAAGUCCCUUUGAAGUUCUGAUAAACGUUUAGAAUCAUUUUAUACAUUUCUAUAAAUAGAAAAUAGUAAUGUAAACUAUUGAUGUGCCCAUGUUAAUUGCUGCUUAAUUUUGACUAUUUAAGUUGUUCGAGGUAAAGUAUUUGACAUAGUAUGGUAUAUAUAAUAAAGAUAUGUAAACUUU